AUGGCGGGCCGAUCGGACACGUCCCGCCGGAGGAUCCCUUGGCUGUACGACCUCGUCCUGUGGCUCUUCACCUGGGCGCUGGAUCUCUUCUUCCGAGAGAUCUACCCCCGCGGAGCUUGGCGAAUCCCUGAGAGAGGCCCGGUGCUGAUUGUCGCGGCCCCUCAUGCCAACCAAUUCGUGGACUCCGCGAUUUUGAUGCACCUGCUCAAGUCGCAGGCCAAGCGACGUGUCUCUUUCCUCAUCGCGCAGAAGUCGAUGAAAGAACCCUUUAUUGGAACCUUGGCAUCAUGCAUGGGUGCCCUCCCGGUUGUCCGAUCAAUGGACCUGACCAAGUCUGGAAAGGGCUCAAUUUAUCAACCCGAUCCCGAAAGUGACCCGGCCCUGAUCCAUGGUGUCGACACGGACUUCACGCAGCCUGAAUUUACGCCGGGCGGUUCAAUCACCAUCAAAGGCAAAAAUGCACCCGAGACCGCCUCCAUUGAGGAGAUUCUUGGACCGACCUCCCUUCGACUCAAGAAACCGUUCCCCUCUCGGCUUCCCGAUGAUCGGGGUCGGAAAGGUACCCGGUUCAAGGUCGCUCCUCACGUUGAUCAAAGCCAGAUGUUCGAUGCCGUCUACAAGGAGCUUUCAUCGGGAGGCUGUAUUGGCAUCUUUCCUGAGGGCGGCAGCCACGAUCGCUCCAACUUGUUGCCUUUAAAAGCAGGCGCUGCCUUGAUGUCACUCGGCGCUUUGGCCCGUGAUCCCAACUGUGGGCUGUCCAUUGUUCCUUGUGGUAUGAACUAUUUCCAUGCACACAAAUUCCGCUCGCGUGGGGUGAUUGAAUUUGGUCGCCCCAUCCACGUGCAUCCCGAUCAAAUCGAAGCCUUCAAAGCUGGCGGCACCAGUAAACGCAAUGCUGUGGGCUCUCUGCUUGAAACGAUCUACGAGGGCCUCGAAUCUGUCACGCAGAUUAGCCCUGACCACGAGACUCUCAUCUUGGUUCAGUCGACCAGAAAACUCUAUAACCCUAUCAGCAAGAAGAUCCCACUUCCAUUGGUGAUCGAGUUCAACCGGAGGCUUCUGAAAGGAUACACGAAGCAUCACGAUGAUCCUAGGGUAAAGGGUCUCAAGAAAUCGGUGAAAGAAUACAACCGGCGCUUGGAAUCGCUCGGGAUCCGGGAUCACCAAGUCGAGUGGGGCAACAUCGAGGAAAAACCAUGGUGGCUCACACUUAUCACCUUAUUCUACCGCCUGUGCAAGCUUCUUUUUCUCAGCGUUGGUGUACUGCCAGGAGUACUGCUCUUCUGGCCUGUCUUUGUCACAACAAAGGUCAUUUCGGAAAAGAAGCGACGCAAGGCACUUGCAGCUUCGGUUGUCAAGCUACAAGGCCACGAUGUCGUGGGGACCUGGAAGAUUCUCGUCGCAAUGGGGCUGGCACCCACUCUCUAUGCCUACUAUACCAUCAUUGUGACGGCUUGGCUUCGCUAUAACCGUCAUGAUGGCUACUAUUCCCAUUCGGUUCCUUGGUGGCUCAUGGCAAGGACGUACGUUCCUGACUUUGUUCCGUUGUGGAUUUUUGCCGUGGGGUUCUAUGCCCACAUGGUCUUUGUCAGCUACGCAGCACUUCGAUUUGGUGAAGUUGGGAUGGACAUUAUCAAGUCUCUGCCACCCCUGCUGGUCGCCCUGAACCCGCUAUCUUCUUCAUCACUGAUUGAUCUGAGACAACACCGAGAGACACUGUCCGAGCGGGUCACCGCAACUAUCAAUGAUCUUGGAUUUGGCAUUCUGCCUGAUGUCGAUGCCGAAAUCCCCACCGACACCUACAAACUCGACGCUUAUCAAUCCUAUCUUAAAAGUAUGCCACCCAGUGAACCAUCCAGUCGGGAGCGCAGCCGCAGCCGCAGCCGGUCCAAUGGCUCUGCUGGUGGUCUUACUCUGAAGGCACUCAGUUCGAUCACCUCCGAAGGGGAUCUAGAGGAGAUUGAUCGGAAGAUUCAAACCAAUUUGAAGGGUAGAGGGAGACGGUCUAGCACGCUCAGCACAUACGAGACGGGCGAGUCCAUUCUCAAGUACAAGCCGCGUGCUACCGAGAAAGAAGGAAGAAAGCGAAAGUGA